CGGCGAUGUCCAACCAUAUAGCAGUUGUCUGUGAUAUAAUAACUCAAUAAUAAUAUAAUAAUAACAUCGACUAUUAUAUUAUUAAUUAUUAAAUAAUCAUAAGUUUACAGUGAGAGUUAGGUUUGUGCUAGUGUAAAGUGUUAUAAAUAUACUGAAAUGGAUAUGAAUUUAAGAAUAUUCUUUAUAUUUGUUGUAACAAUUACAACCACAAACUCUCUACGGUCAGGUCUACAGCUGAUGUUUCCACAUGAGCAUAGAGAAUACGUGUAUUCGUUAAAAAGUAAUGUAUCAACUGGAACAUGGAAUCCUCGAAAGAGCGCCACCUAUUGGCAGUUGCAAGGCAAUUUGCAUAUACAGGUUUACGACAAUUUUACGAAAGCACGGCUGUUUCUGGACGAAUUGCAGAAAAUCGUAUGUUGUACGGAUCAUGGGCUGGUUAAGGAAUUGGAGACCGAUGAUGAUCAGAUCCUUAAAGAGCCAUGGGAAUUGGAGUAUCAGGACAAUGGCUAUAUAAAGUCUAUAUACGUUGGCCAGGAGCCGGCUUGGUCGGUGAACCUGAAGAGGGCCAUAUCGAUCAACUUCCAAGUCACUAAGGACAGCGGAACGUAUUCUGUUAAUGAGCCCUGUCUGGACGAUAUUUGCGUGAUGAUGUACCUGUCGAGGGGUAACCUGAUCAAGAAGUUCACCAGCUUGAAGGUGCCCACAGCCGGGAGUAGGAACAGCUGGGCUUCCGUACCCUGGUCUUCUGUGUAUACUGGGAGAAGUGUGAUAGACUCGGUGUCUUCAGCAGAGAGGACUUACGAACUGGAUGACUACAAGGGACUAAGCUCAAUGGAGUUGAGAGGCAGCUACCAGUAUAAAACACACGACCACAUUUUAGCAGUGAACACUGAUCUUUCAAUAUCUUACGAUCAUGAUAAAGAAGCGAAGAGUGUCGAGAAAUUGAACCUUAUUCAGACAACUGUGCAAUACACGGCAAGCGACUUCAGAGACCCAUCCAAUGGCAUCAGGAACCUUUCACAAGCCUAUCUGAAAAACAUCACCUAUGAGAUGCUUCUGAAAAUUGCAAGGAAAGGCAUCGAUGCUGAUAACAUUGUGAGGAACGCUUCCCUUAUACACAGCUUGGAUUUCAUAGACCUAUUAAAGAAACUACCAUUCAAUGUAGCUGCACCUAACCAGGCGCUUUUGGAGGAGCUGGAGGUGCUCAGCAAAUUGGGCUUGGACUUCCCGCUGGACAUCCGCCACGCUGGUAUACUGAGUUUCGCGACGCUGCUUCACAAGACUAUGGAGAUAUCGCAAGUGAAGCAGGAUUAUUUCGACAAUAUCGCUGUGAAAUACUUCAGAAUGUAUAGCGGUAAGGUUUAUCUAUACUAA